AUGCGAUCCCACGACUUUGACUCGAUCCGCCCGAUAAACGUUUUACAGUUUACAGGUACAGUCACGAUGGAAACGACAGCGUAUUAUUAGAAAAGUUAUUUUUAGUACCGUUUGGGGAAUGUUGAAAAACGUUAUAACACUUGUUGAAGAGUUUCCAACGGUAUUCAAAAGGACUUUCCUAGUCAGAGUGAGGAGCGAGAUUCAUGUUUCACAGAAAUGUUAUCAGUUACAGUAGUCUUGAGAGUGCAGAUUCCACUUGAGUUGAUUCGCCUGAUGCAAUGUGAAUCAACUCUGAAAAGCACAUUCCCUUUCUCCUGAAACAGAAUCAUCCUUUCCAAUCCGCCCACUUCAAUCACUUUCAGGCUCGUUCUCAAUCUCGGAAGCGCACGCGUGGCUCCACACGCUUCUUCCGAACGUGCCUUCGAAAUGCCCGCCCGCCGACACAAUCACCAACAACUAUCAGUGCGCUUCGAACGGAGGCAGCCAACUGCAAGUCACCUACAGGUACGUUCCCUUUCCAGCGCCAAUCACGCCCGUUGGAUUCCAGCAAAGGGACGGCUGUUUUCCGUUCGGAUUGCAUGACAACAAUAUGCAUAAUACGCGACAAAGUGAGCGAGCAAACGAUGAAAAUGCAGAUUCGAGUGGAAGUUUCUUGUGGUACUUCACUCUUUUUCCUCCCAAUUCCUUGGUGCUUUUCAGAACUCAAUCAGGACAGUGUGGAUCAUUGUUUGAAGCUGAUAGACCCGAAGAUCACUUCAAUGUUGAAGAUCGAGAAGCAGAAGAUGUACGCGGCCGCUUUGAAGGUAUAAAUAGAAGGGAGGGAGAGAGGGAGAGCACUUACAAUUAGAACGAAACUUCUGAAACCAUUUAGACGGGCGGCGUCGGAUUACCGGAACUGACGACGUCGUAUUCCCAUUACAAAGUUUAUUCUCUUUUUAGGAAUUGGAAUCGAACAAUGACGACGUCUUCAGCUUUCUUUCGGAUGAAAACGCGCAGAUUCUCAGGGACCACGAUGCGAUUUAUGAGCGGGCCGAGGGCGUUUCGAUCGAAGACAGCGGAGUGCUGGCUAUCCUCGAGAAUCUGAUGACGGCGAGGGCCAAACUGACUGGAAAAUCGACGAAAGGGAAAAGAGACGCGAUCCGAGAGCUGAUCGCUAGUGAUUACAGCCUUGAGGACAUGCAGAAUUUGUUCAAGAAUGCUGCAAAUGAUUGA